AUGACCAACGAAACGGCCACCCACGACGUGGAUGAAGCAGUCGCGCGCCCAGCGAAGCGACGCCGCGUCGAGACUCGGAUGCCGGUGCUCGCUGACGGGUUUGUCGUGCAUGACACACCGACACCGACGACGGCGAAAGUGGUACAUAAGCCCGCCGUACCGCGGUUUAUAUCAGGUUUUAGCGCGGGCGACGGUGUCAAUGAGGAUGGUACAAUACAAGCAGAUGUGGGGAGGGCGCCAGGGAAAGGUAGGGAUAAAAUGAAAGGUAAAGCGAUGGUGCAUAGGCCACCUGUGCUCGUCGCUGGACUUGGAGCGAGCUCGUCCACGUCCAAACUCAAUAACGACGACUCUGUGGUACCUCCAGAGAAAUCGAGGGAGAAGAGGCGGGUCGGAUCAGUGCCACAUCUUGUGCUGAAUGCACCGGGAACGGCUAAAUCAGCGGGCAUUGGCAAUGGCACCGCGUCUCAUCUGCGCCCUGCACACGCACCUCCAGCUGUUGUACUCCCUACAAAAACAUCCCUACGGCAAAUCAACCCCCCGACCAUCGUCCUACCCCCCAAAGCUCCAUCCAAAGCUCUUCAACCGAUCCAACCCCCCAAUCUCCCUUUACACCCAGCAAAGAAAAAGGAACUGUAUGCGUUAUCCACGUCGGGCCUUGGGAGGCUGAGUGACCUCUCCUCACAGAACUUUGCGGAGAGUCUAGCGGGGAUAUUGCUGAGAGACCAGCGGCCUGAUCUGACUUUGCUGCGGCUGCAGGAGGAGAAGGAGGGGAAAGACGAUAGCGACUUGUUGCGGGGACUGCAGAUGAGCCCGGAGAAGGCAGGGAAAGGAAAGUGGAAAGGAAAGGGAAAGGGUCCUGCGUUCGUACGAGGUGGGCUGGCCGCACAAGCCGCGUCGUUCUUCGAGCGCUCUUCGACAGCGCAUAUUCUGUGGAAGAAGGAUAUCGAGCGUACUGCCGCUGCCAUACACGCAUCUCUGCCUGCCGAAUUCAGCGCACGCGUGGUCAAGGUUCUGCACCGGCGAGCAGUGGACACAUCGCACGCGCCCUGCAUCGCGCUCUGUCAAAUCCGCGCGCAGAACGGGGGACCACAUCCCAAAUACCAAGCCAGCACACUGUACCGCGUUGUAUUCGCCACGCCCACGUCCAAGUCCACUGCAACCAGCGACAAAUCCGCGCCGUCCUUCGCAGAAGGGCAGACGAUCUCUAUUUUUACACCAUACCGCGAACUGUCUACAUCCCCAAACGCUUCGAACAACGCACCAGAGCCUCCGCGACGGCAGCUUGCGCCUCUACCGCUUCUGCUUUUUACCCCGCCAGUGCCCCCUACGCCUGACCCGCUGACGGCGCCUACCAUCGACUGCAAAGUCGUAUACCCCAUCGCACCCAAGGCGAGCAUGCAUUCUGAUGCGUUUGACGUGAUACCGUACGAUGUAAGUCUCCUGCCCGCGCGCGAGAAGGGUAGAUGCCGAUCCACACCCCACUUGGAUCUUUCCUCGUCUCGCACCCGCGCCGAUGUGCUACGAUUUUCUGUUUGCAAUUGGGAUAUCAAGGGCGACUGGCAGAAGCUCGGUUCUGGCUCCUUUGGAAAUGUGUACAAAGGCAACUACCUCGGCAUCGAAGUCGCGAUAAAAGAGGUGCUCCCCUCGACCGAAUACGAUGUCGCCAAAUACUUUGAACGCGAAUGGCGACUCAUGAAAGAGUGCCGGCACCCCAACAUCUGCCUCUUCAUCGGACUCUCCCGCGCACCCCCGCCAGACAACCGCAUCUUCAUCGUCUCCGAAUACAUAGACAACGGCAACGUGCGGCUCUACAUCCACGACACCGCCCGCCCCUUCCCGUGGAAACUGCGGCUCUCCUUCGCCACAGACGUCGCCCGCGCACUCGCCUACCUGCACGCGCGCUCCUGCAUCCACCGCGACCUCAAAGGCGAGAACCUCCUCGUCACGUCCAACGGGCGCCUCAAAAUCACCGACUUUGGCUUUGCGCGCAUCGCCGCGCGCAACUCGGAAGAGUCCAAGCGGCUCACCUUCUGCGGCACCGACGCGUACAUGUCCCCCGAGAUCCUGCGCGGCGACGCCUUCGCGCUGCCCACGGACGUCUUCUCGCUCGGCAUCAUCCUCUGCGAGAUCGGUGCGCGCCGUCUUGCUGACGAACACCACUUCAAGCGCGCUGCGCCCUCUUUCGGUAUCGAUCCCGCUGAGGUGAAGCGUCUGAUGAGCCCUGGGUGCCCAGACGACUUUUACCAGCUAUGUCUCGAUUGCCUGCACACAGACCCCACCGCGCGUCCCACAACGCGCGUCAUCCUUGCGCGGCUUGGAGCGAUCGAGGCCGAGGUCCUGCGCCGCCCGGGCGAGGGCGACGAUGGGAUGCAUCUCGGAAGCGUGCGCUUUAUGACGGGCGGCAAGCGGCCGACGCCCGCACCACGCAUACCGAGCUUCGGUAUGGGCGUAGGCAAGGAUAUCCGCAGCGGCGGGGCGAGCUCGUCAGAGGACGACAGUGACGACGAGGAGCUCAUGGAGGCUGUUGCGGGCCUGUCCAGCGUUGGCAUCAAAAGCGAUUGGAGCGAUAAAUCCCUAAGCAAGCAACCGUUGCUCAACCGCACAACGGAAUCCCAUGGCUCAGAAUACAGCACAACAGUAAUCAAACCGCACAACACAUCCUCUCUUCCUCCCUCGCUCUCCUCGAUCCUUACCAUCCGCCCCUCUCCCGACCCUUCCCCCGCAGACCCGCCUUCCCCUCCUCAAGGCGCAUCAACGCUCAACGGCCGCGCACCGCUCCAGGCCCUAGAAGACCCACUCGGCACCUCCUCCAUCCUCUCCAUCGCGACGAUGGACUCAUACCACACCGCCUCCGCCGCAUCCGUCUCUCUCUCAUCAUCCACCGUCUCCAGCGCAUACGCCACGGAGGGCGGGUCGACCAUCCGCGGCGUCGACGUCGACGGGGGUGGAUACGCGCCUCCGCUCGUGCACCGUUUCACGCUGCUCAAGCCCGGCGCGAAGCAGAAGCGGCAUAGCGGAAGCGGACCUGGCUCGCCCCCGCUCGGCGGCGCUGCCAACGGUAAUGGCAACGGCAACGGUGGUGGUGGUGGUGGUGGUGGUGGUGCCGCGGCUCCAGAGACGUCGGGAUGGAACCCGCUCGAGAUCCUAUUCUCCAGCGGGCUGCUCGUGGGCAAAUGCGAUCUGUGCAAUAAACGCCUGGGAUGGAAGCCCGUGCUGGAGUGCGACGACUGUGGACUACGAACACACGUCAAAUGCGGGGAGCUCGCGCCGCAGAACUGCGGCAUCCGCCUCGCAGGGGCGGGGGGUGUCAGCGGGCCCGUCCCGACGCAAGAACAGCUGCAGAACCCGUUCUACGCCAUGUCGCCGCUGUCCAAGGUCCGCCAGCAAGCGCAGCACGCCGGGGAGCAGAUGAAGACGCGUUCAGCGGGCCCUCUUGCACGGCGCUAG